CCUCCCCAAGGACAGACAGGCGAAGAACGAAAACAUUCAAAGAACGGGUCCAUUGCCGUCAUGUCGCUGACAUCACGGGAGCGCGGUAAUCCGCCUCCUCGGUCAAAGAGCUGCAUCCAGUGCAGGAAGGCCAAGCGCCGCUGCGACUUCGCGCUCCCUGCUUGUCUUCGUUGCGAGCAGCGCGGGAUCGUAUGCAACUACCCUACGCGCCUCACUGCCCCUUACGGCCGCUCAGGCUGCCGACAGGCGCUGCAUGGCACACUUGCAGAGCCAAGCAGGGGCUGGAGCGGCGUGGACGACGACCAGACAUCGAGUAGUAUAGCCGCCGCAGCCCCGCCGGAGACCCCGCUGAACACCUGGGACUGCAUGAAUCUAGAUAUCGGCGCACUGGACCAGGAUAUUACCGCGACUACUACUGCCUCCAGUGAUCCCUGCGCGGCGGAUUUCAGCGGGAUCCCCGAUGUGUCACUGCCGGGCUUCUCGACCGAAGCGUCCAUCAUGGACAUGGACCUUGUCCAUCAGCCCUCGGCGCUGUCUGCCCCGACCGCUCGAGAAUUUCAAGACAUUGAAGACGCCAUCUCCCGAAGGCUCCGGUUUGCAAUGGAAGAGAUCAGGAAGACGCCUGGCAUGAUGAUUGCCGAGACACAAACGCCCUGGUGCCAUCCACAAUUAUAUCGCGAAGGCAUGCCGCGAUCCAUGCAAGAUGCCCACGCUGCUUGCGCACUGUACGCGGCCAAGACCCGAGUCAACGCACCGGUCAUAUUCCACGCCAUCGAGGUCCGCGCGUGCGACCUCCUCGCCGCCCCGGCGCCGACGCGCUUCCUCGACGUGCUCGCGCACACGCAAGCCCUGAUCCUGUAUCAGAUCAUCCGGCUCUUCGACGGGGACAUGCGGGCACGGGCUUCGGCGGAGAAGGCGAUCCCCGCCCUCGAGUCAUCGACCAUGGACCUGCUCGCGCACGUGCGCUUCGACACGGUCGAUCCCCCGGACAAGGAGCAGGCGCUGCCGCUGCACCCACUGGCGCCGACGCAGGCCUUCUGGCGGGACUGGAUCCUGCACGAGUCGGCACGGCGGACGUGCCUGUUCGCCUUCUUCUUCCUGCAGGUCUACCGCCUGGUCUCGGGGCAACGGGGGCUGACGUGCGACGGGCGGCUGGGGCUGUGCCACGCCUGGACGCUGUCGGCGUACCUGUGGACGGCGACGUCGGCGGUGGAAUUCGCGCGCGCAUGGGGCGCCCGGCGUCACUUUGUGGUUCGAGACGCGCAGUUUGGGAGCGUGCUCGAGGAGGCGAAGGCUGAUGACGUGGAUCGCUUUGGCAGGAUGUGGAUUAGCUGCCUCCUGGGUGUGGAAGAGGCCGAGGGAUGGUUUGCGUCGAGGGGAGGGUCACUGCGGAUGCUGGCGGUGUGCUGAUGAGUACUGGCGUUGGAAAUGAGAUGUUUU